GGAAAGAAAGGGACGGGAUGGGCUUCAACGGGGUUCCCAAAUAUGGUCUACACUUUCCUUUUCUCCCAAUUUCCCUCUACGUAAACCCUAGAAAAACCCUUUUUCUUUCCCUUCACUCCUCCAUUCUUCUCACUCUCACCUUCCUCAACCAUUCCUAAAUCCAUCCAUCUCCUCUCAUUAUUGCUUCCACACCUUGUUUGAUUUUCUACUUUCUUCUAUGGAAUCCUCCGUCAUUGCCCUUGAGCGCAUUCUUUCCUAUAACUUUAACAACAAGAGUCUCUUAGAAGAAGCCCUCACUCACCCCUCUUACUCUGCCUCUGCCUCCUAUGAGCGUCUUGAGUUUGUCGGCGAUUCAGCUAUUGGCCUUGCUAUUACUAAUUACUUUUUUCUCGCUUCUCCUCACCUCCAUCAAGGCCAUCUCUCUUUACUUAGAGCUGCUAAUGUUAGCACUGAGAAGCUUGCUCGUGUUGCAGUCACCCAUGGAUUGUAUAACUAUGUUAGGCGCGAUUCACCUGCUAUGGAUGUUAAGGUUAAAGAGUUUGUUGAUUCUGUUGCCCUAGAAGGUAGCUCCGUUCAUUAUGGUAGGUUGAUGAAGGCUCCUAAAGUUCUUGCUGACAUUGUGGAAUCAGUGGCUGGUGCUGUCUAUGUAGAUGUUAAUUUUGAUCUUCAAAAACUAUGGGUGAUUAUUAGGGGUUUGCUAGAGCCUAUCUAUACUCUUGAAGAGUUACAAGUAGAGCCCCAACCUGUAACUGUACUCUUUCAAGUUUGCCAAAGAAAUGGAAAGCAGGUUGAUAUUAAGCAUUGGAAAAACGGAUCCAAUAGCAUCGCGAGUGUCUAUGUUGAUGGUAAAUUUGUUGCUUCCGGCUCUUCAAUGCAAAAAGAAAUCGCAAGGCUCAAUGCUGCCAGAGAAGCUCUCAUCAAAUUGUCGGAUUCUAUGGAUACCAGAAUUAAAACAUUUGUAACUAUUGAUGGUAUCGAUGAAUCGUUUGAGAUUGAAGGGGCAAAGCAGAAGCUACAUGAUGUUUGUUCCAAGAGAAAGUGGCAGAAACCAAAUUACAGUGUGGAGAAAGAUCUAGGACCUUCACAUGAAAGGAUAUUUGUUUGCUCGGUUAAAAUUGCCACUUGUUAUGGUACGUUCUAUAUUGUGGGAGAUGAGAAAUCAAGAGUAAAAGAUGCAGAGAACUCGGCAGCCUCAUUGAUGAUUCGUGCUUUACAGGAAAGAAAGCAUCUCUAAUGCAUAUAUAUUUAUUCAAUUUGGGUUGAAUCUAACAUAAGUACAGUGAGUUUAUGCUUCCUGAUGCCCUCAUUUUCCUUAGAUAUCAUGGAGGUAGGUAUGUUGUAAAUCAUGAUUCUACUUGCCUUUCCUAGUGAAGUUAUGGUAUCUAAAUGAUAAUUUUUUGCUAUGUAAAGUUCAAACCAACCGGUUUAGGUUGUCAAGAUCUGUAAAUAUUAUCUAUCUGUUUUUAUAUUUAGUGCAUGUUUGUGUGA